GCGACGCUAUGACGUCACUGAUCCGCGCUUUGCCGACGAAUACACCUCGCCUAGCGGUUGAGAACUCAUGAAUGAAAUCCUAUUUACCAUCAAGUAUCCGGAGAGAAUACUUGUCGGAGAAACGUGUCUACAAGCACAGAGGAAAAGCAAUAUCAUCGAAAGGAAAACCUACGUGGGAGGAGUAUCAACGAAUCGACUCCGUUAGCAAAACGACGCGAGUGAUACCGAAUCCCGAGUCGUAAUUAAAUCGAUUAAGCACACUUUCGUCCCUCUAUCGCCUCGAGGAAAUUAAAUUAAACUCUACCGUUUCGCAAUUCGGCAUCAUCGUGCUCCUCGACUGCAACGCAAAUUUAUCGAAAAAUCCAGACGGCAUUCUUCUCAAGAAGAAAGUUUUCGCCAUUCUGCAAAACACCAUCAGCUUUCAGAUUGAAUUCACCGGCGAACUUGCCGAGGUGGGGGUGGAAAUUGCACAGCAGGCGAAGAAACUUAUCGAGUGGAAUUCGAUAGAGUAUCUUCGCAGCUAUAUACGAAACAGAAGUCAAGGAACUCGGUGGGAGAACGGCGGGCUUUCACGGAGGAGGCGAUUCACGUCUUGCGCCUUGAGGGAAAACUUCAUCGUCCAGCAAAUCCUUUCUGUCCUCGUAAACCAACGGCGGAAGCGUCGUAUUCUCCAGUCGUUCCCGGCAUAUCCGUCGAACCUCGCGCUCUUUCCCCCUACCGUUCUUUCGGAUCGUCGGUUGCAAUUUGGCGAAAUCGCGAGAGAUGCGAGACGGACGGUGAGAAUCCGCAACGAAAGAGAUCCAGCGGAGUAGAAGCGGAGUUCUCGCGGCUCAGCGAGAGAAGAUCGGUGUAAAUCGCUCGCGUUAGAUUCUACACGGCUCCAGGCUACGAAGAUGGGUAAGAAGAACAGCAAGCUCAAGCAGGAUACCAUCGAUCGCCUCACCACCGACACGUACUUCACCGAGAAGGAAAUUCGUCAAUGGCACAAAGGAUUCCUGAAGGAUUGCCCCGAUGGAUUACUAACAGAACAAGGCUUUAUAAAGAUCUACAAGCAGUUCUUCCCUCAAGGUGACCCAUCAAAGUUUGCCUCUCUUGUCUUCAGAGUCUUCGAUGAGAACGCCGACGGCACGAUAGAGUUCGAGGAGUUCAUAAGAGCGCUCUCGGUAACGUCACGUGGUAACCUGGACGAAAAGCUUCAUUGGGCCUUUCGUUUGUAUGAUGUGGACAACGACGGCUUCAUCACAAGGGACGAGAUGUACAAUAUAGUCGAUGCGAUAUAUCAGAUGGUCGGUCAGCAGCCGCAAGCCGAGGACGAGAAUACCCCGCAGAAGAGGGUCGACAAAAUCUUCGAUCAGAUGGACAAGAACCACGACGACAAGCUCACACUCGAGGAAUUCCGGGAGGGUAGCAAGGCCGACCCGAGGAUCGUCCAGGCACUCUCGCUGGGUGGCGAGUAACCCUGAUUUUCAUCAUAAGCGGCACGCGAUCCUUCGGAAAUCGGGAGCCUCCACGUCGUCGUCAUUAUCGUAAUUGUCGACACGAACUGGGCGAGCCGCCCGUCCCGAUAAUCGGCUAACAUACAAGGAAGGACUUUUGGGGAGAGAAGGCAAGUCCACAUCCGCGCGGUUUGGCAUGCACGUGUAAUAGAUAGGCAAUAAUACGCGAGCGUGCGAGGUGUCGGUGAGAUUUGAGAAUAUUUUUGGAGAGAUCUCUCGCGCCAAAAAGUUAGUCUGCUUCCUCCUUUUUUCUAUUCUCUCACUGAUCUAUAUAUCUCCCUCUCUUUUUCUCUGUACUCUAUAUCUGUCACUCUCGGAGAAGAUCGGUUCUCGUUCCCCGUUGGUGAACCGGUUCUUCCAUCUUCGAUCCGAUUUCGAGAAUCUCGACGCUAAUAUAACAG